AUGAGAUUAAAAUGUAUAAUACUAAUAUUGGGUAUUGCUGUUAAUGUGAGCUGUUUUGUUAAUUCGGGGAAGGGGCUAGGUACUUUCAGUAAAAGAGAUAAUUCCAGCUGUUCUCAAGUCCUCCAAGUACCUAUGGCGGAACAAUGUUCGUUUAUAGAAACGAAUUGUGCCUCUGAAAUCGACAUAGGCCGUUUCAACUACUUAGCUUUAUAUUAUUGCAAGUUUCCAGCACUCAAAUCGUUUUCUGUUAUUCCGUUGCUAAGUUGUUUAAGUUUGCUUUUUAUUGCCUUAGGUAUGACAGCAUCAGACUAUCUUUGUCCAAAUUUAUAUACAAUUUCUAAAUUUUUAGAAUUGUCUGAUAACUUAGCGGGGUUAACGUUAUUGGCAUUCGGAAAUGGCUCUCCUGACGUGUUAAGUACGUAUAAGGCUAUGAGUUUAGAUUCAGGUAGCUUGGCAAUCUCUGAAUUGAUGGGUGCAGCAUUGUUUAUUAUAACGGUAAUUGUUGGAUCGAUGGCAGUAGUUCACCCAUUUAAAGUUCCUCGAGAUCUGUUCAUAAGAGAUGCAGGAUUCUUCUUGGGGGUUAUUGCAUUGGUAUUAGUUUCAUUGUUAAAUUCAUACCUUAGCAUGCUUAAUUGUAUCCUUUUAAUAGGGGUGUAUGUGAUAUAUGUGGUGAUAGUUGUAUUGAACCAUUCGUUUUUAAAAUCAAAAAUAAGGCGAAGAGUGAGAGAAGAAAGGUCUCGAGGAAAUUAUUCGUUAACACGUCCUCAAGACAACAGUGGUACUGAAGAUAUAUUUUUGGACACCUUUGAUGAUCUUCCUACAAUCGAAGAAUUAAACUUUAAUAACAUAAGAAGCCAAGAUGGGGGCGUUAUUAAUAAUGAGUACGAUGAGUUUAUGAGACACCUGACUUCUGAUGGUAUUCCUGUCGAAGCUGGUUCUUAUGGAUUGAAAGUGCUUUUACGAGAAUUAAGUAAACAUUCCAACCAUGGAAGCAUAAGUUUGUCUAAUAUGAACGAGCGACCAUUAACGGCACCUGUAAUUUCUCAAAGUCCACAACUAUUUUCCGAUACUGAUCAACCUCAAACAUUUCCGGUGUAUAAACCUUACAGGGAUGAAGUAGAUCAACCAGAGGGAACAGGAAAUACAGAUCAAACAAUACCAGAACAAAAUAUCAACCAUUUUCAUGAACAGAAUUUUGAAAGAACCGAAUCGGAACCUCGAAAUAUGGUUUUUCAUCACAGAAUUGACUUCAAGGACAUAGAAUUGAUCAAGUUUAUUGCACCUAAUUUGCUUACGUUUGAUGAUUUCAAUUUGAUAAAUAAAAUAUAUUUGUUAAUAUCUUUUCCUAUAUCUAUAUUAUUAAGAGUCACUACACCAGUUAGAGAUCAUUCAAUUAUAUUAAUGUUGAAUAAGCUAGAGAAAAAUCAAAGGAACUUCCCCUUUAAUCAGUCAACAGAAGAUAAUAUUACUUUUGAUUACAAAUUAGACAAGAUACUAUUAACAACGCAAACAUUUAUGGCAAUCAACUUAUUAAGUAAUAUAAUGGGACAUCAUUAUUUAAUUGGGCUAACAUUGUCAAUUAUACUGGCUAGUUUAAUGAACUUGAAUUAUGAUCGUAAAUUCAUAUCGUUAAAAUAUGUUAACUAUAUUGCAUCUUUUAUAGGGUUUGCAAUUGCCAUAUCAUGGAUAUCGAUCUUUGCAACAGAAAUUAUAAGCAUUUUGAAAACAGUAUCGAUUAUUUAUGACUUGAGUGAUGAUAUUUUAGGAAUAACUGUCUUUGCGCUAGGUAAUUCAAUCGGAGACUUUAUCUCAAAUUUUACUAUUGCAAAAAUGGGAAUGCCAUUAAUGGCAUUUGGUGCCUGCUUUGGUGGCCCACUUUUAUCGCUUUCGUCUAUGGGAAUAAGUGGUUUAUUGAUUAUACCCAGGAAUAGUAAACAUAACAACGGCUAUAGAGUUGAUAUCUCUAAUACGUUAGUUGUGACAGGUUUGAGUAUAAUAUUGAGUAUAUCGAUUUUACUUAUAAUGGUCCCAAGAAAUAAUUGGAUUAUAGAUAGAAAAAUAGGUUUCAUUUUGAUUUUUACUUGGAUCUUAGCAACGACGAUUUGUGUUCUAUUUGAAACACUUAGUUAG